CUCUCUCAUGCGUCACAGCGCUCGGGGGUUAUAAAAACAGCAGAGCAUCCCGGAGCUCACACACACGCCGCUCUGUGUUUUAGACAGCCGCUUUUGCUCCUUCUCUGUGAGUGCCAGUCUCUCUCGCCUCCCUCCCCCUCUCUCUCUCUCUUGAAUUGUUGUAGCUCUCAUCAGCUUGGGUGUGUACGACGUCCUAAGCAAUAGGAUUACCUAGCUAGCCAUCGCUCGCCUGUUACCGGCUUUCGUCUGUGCUGUCCAGCGCUUCAAACCAUGUGUGGAAUCUUCGCCUACCUGAAUCACCAGGUGCCCGUGAACCGCAGGCAAAUCCUCGAGACGCUCAUCAAGGGACUGCAGCGGCUGGAGUACCGUGGCUACGACUCGGCAGGCAUUGCCAUCGAUGGAGGCAACAGCAAGGAUUGGGAGAAGAAUGCCGAGCACAUCACCCUGAUCAAGAAGCGUGGAAAGGUGAAGGCCUUGGAUGAGGAGAUCUACAAGCAAAAGGACCUGGAGAUGGACCUGGAGUUCAAGUGCCACGUCGGCAUCGCUCACACGCGCUGGGCCACGCACGGGGAGCCCAGCUCACUCAACAGCCACCCACACCGCUCCGACAAGGACAAUGAAUUUGUGGUAAUUCACAACGGCAUCAUCACAAACUACAAAGAACUGAAGAAGUUCCUGGAGAGCAAGAACUACUUCUUUGAGUCCGAGACUGACACGGAGUCCAUCCCGAAGCUCAUCAAGUACAUGUACGACAACCGCGAGAAGGACGACAUCCGUUUCAGCGUUCUGGUGGAGCGGGUGGUGCAGCAGCUGGAAGGGGCCUUCGCUAUUGUGGUGAAGAGCUCACAUUACCCAGGCGAGGUGGUUUGUGCAAGGAGAGGCAGCCCUCUGCUGGUCGGCGUUCGCAGCAAUGGCUUCUCCGCCGACGAGAUCCCCAUCCGCUACCGCAAAGCUUCCCACUGCCAUCGGAUCAUGUUCAACAGCCACCUAGAGAACACAGAAGUGGAAGAUAUCUCGACAGGCUCCCACGAGAAGGCAGUGCUCAUCUCUGAGAACAGCACGGACACAUCCUUCAACCACCUGGGAGAUGACGUAGCUGUGGAGUACUACUUUGCUUCUGAUGCCAGCGCCAUCAUUGAGCACACGAACAAGGUGAUCUUCCUGGAGGAUGACGACGUGGCUGCAGUCUUAAAUGGCCACCUCUCCAUCCACCGCAUCAAGCGCAAGGCUGGAGACCAGUCGGCCCGUGCCGUGCAGACCCUGGAGAUGGAGAUGCAGCAGAUCAUGAAGGGCUCGUACUCAUCAUUCAUGCAGAAGGAGAUCUUCGAGCAGCCAGAGUCCAUCAUGAACACCAUGCGUGGCCGUGUCAACUUUGAGGACUUCACAGUGAUGUUGGGUGGCCUCAAGGACCACAUCAAGGAGAUCAUGCGGUGCCGCCGUCUCAUCUUGAUCGGCUGCGGAACCAGCUACCACGCCUGCAUCGCUACUCGGCAAACCCUGGAGGAGCUGACCGAGCUGCCGGUGAUGGUGGAGCUGGCGAGCGACUUCCUGGACCGCAGCACGCCCGUGUUCCGUGACGACAUCUGCUUCUUCAUCAGCCAGUCCGGCGAGACGGCGGACACGCUGAUGGCGCUGCGCUACUGCAAGGAACGCGGGGCGCUGACGGUGGGCAUCACCAACACGGUGGGCAGCUCCAUCUGCCGCGAGACCGACUGCGGCGUCCACGUGAACGCGGGGCCCGAGAUCGGCGUCGCCAGCACCAAGGCGUACACCAGCCAGUUCGUGGCACUCGUGAUGUUCGGCCUCAUGAUGAGCGAGGACCGCAUCUCACUCCAGGAGCGCCGCAGGGAGAUCAUCAGCGCCAUGCACGCGCUGCCAGACCUGAUCCGAGAGGUGCUGAGUCUCGACGAGAAGAUGCUGGAGUUGUCUCAGGAGCUGUACCAGGAGCGCUCGCUGCUGGUCAUGGGCCGUGGAUACCACUACUCCACCUGCAUGGAAGGAGCACUGAAAAUCAAGGAGAUCACGUACAUGCACUCGGAGGGCAUCCUGGCGGGGGAGCUGAAGCACGGGCCCCUGGCGCUCAUUGACAAGAACAUGCCGGUCAUCAUGAUCGCCAUGAAGGACCCCACCUACAUCAAGUGCCAGAAUGCCCUGCAACAGGUGGUGGCCAGACAGGGCCGCCCCAUCCUGCUGUGCGACAAGGGCGACGAGGAGAUCGCCAAGCAGGCUUACCGCGUGGUGGGGCUCCCACACACGGUCGACUGCCUGCAGGGCAUCCUCACCAUCAUCCCCCUGCAGCUGCUCUCCUUGCACCUCGCCAACCUGCGCGGAUUCGACGUGGACUGUCCAAGGAACUUGGCCAAGUCUGUGACCGUGGAAUGAAGCAUGGGACCCCCUGGAACAUCACCGCUCCCUCCCCGUCCAGACAUUCGCCGUGGCAAGCAUUGAAAGUGCCUCCCCACGUGAUUUAUUUUGGUGCAGCUUUAAAUGGCUUAAAGGCCCUCUCCGGGACGUUUCUGGAGGUUGCAUCACGGCAUUCGGAGAGUUACCAUCUGCUAGGAGGGAGCAAAAAAAUUCAGCUUCCAUAACUCACCGGGCCACAAAGCCCACGAAUGUAUUUUGUUUUUACUUUUUUUUUGUUACACUAUCCUGUGGUAGAAAAAAAUCCUGACUUCGAGAGUGUUCGUGAAAUAGAUAACAUUCAUAAAUUGUGGAGGUUAAUUAGAAACUCAGCAUUGUACAUCAGGAAGUUAUGGAAGGAAAUUUUACAUCAGAAAAAUAUUUUUUGUCGAAUGACACCAAUGCUGAAUGGCCAAAUCCUGAUGGUGAAUUAGGGUGACAAUCUUGCGUGAAUUACAAUACACGUAGCUUUCUAAUUAGGCAAGUUUUUCUUUACGUUCCAAAUGAUAUGCAACUACAAUAGCAGGAGCAUCAUCUAUCGGGUGCAGUGUGUACUGGUCACAAACAUUAACAAACCUCUAUACGACAAACACAUUUUAUUGGCCAGUCGACCAAAACGAAGCUUACAAGCAUGCUGAAGAAUGCUAAAUUAAGUUGAGAGUGUAUUUGCAAUUUUACAGUUUUAUUUAUUUUAUUUAAACUAAAUAAUGAUUUUCCACCGCUUGCUAUAUCGCUCUAAAAGUCAAAAGUGGACGGGCGGCAUGAGAUGAAAACUCAUCGAUGUUGAAUUCAUCCAACCGCUGUCCAUUUACACACCCCGACACCACCCAUCGCCAGAUGCUCGUGCUUAAAAUGCUAAUGCCCCCUUCGCUGGGCACGUUCAGUCCUCCUGCAUUACAAUCGCUUGUUUCUCGUUUUUAUAAAUUCACAAUAGUUGUUUGGGGGGGGGGGGGAAUAGGCUAUGAAAUUGGUAUCAAUCAACGGAUGUAGAGAAACGCGUUCAACCACCGUCAGCGGACAAAGCUUCAGCGUCGACAGCACUGUGGAUUGCUUAAGCCGAGCAUAAGCUGCACACAACUUUGUAGCCAUCAAAUUGGACAAGUCUCUUGGUUUUUUGUAUCUUGCCCCCCCCCACCACCCAUUCUGCUUUUAAAUAUGCAUACGCGAAUGCUUGAGCCAACAGGACAAGUUGCUCGAUUGCAAAGAGCACAACAGAUGUUGGGGUCACCCAGACACACGUCCACAAUGACCCUAAUCUAUUCAAAGCUUCUGCAGUGCCUUUCCUAUGGAUGCGUUUUAAAGGCCACAAAGGGGACUUGUGCCUGAAGGAGGUGGGUAGGCGUGGAGUCAUUUCAUCCGUUGAUGCAUUAUUCAGAUCUCUUGAAAUGUAUUUACCAUUCCAUUGAGCCAAACUUUAUAGAACAAUGGGCGGGGGGAGGGGGGGAGAGAAAAUUUAUAGGAAUUGUAGAUCUCUUUUUAACUCAACAGUGUGUUUGUGCAGGCCAAUUGUCGAUGGGGUUAACCUGCAAAAUUAGUGGGAUUUAGAUUAUGCGAUACGGUGGUACACUUUUAAUUUCCCCGUCGUUGUGAACAACUUUAUUCCGACCUCAGUAAUUCAACCAUCCGAAGCUCCAUCGAGAUUCAUUGUCAUUUGUAGGGGGGAACUUUUGUGAGAAUAGGUAUGUUGGGAAAGUAUUUUUUACAUAUAUCUUUAGUCCUGUAUAAAAUUAAAACAUUUGGGCUUUGGCUUGACAUCAGUGUACAAUACCCUGACCUUGUAAAUAAUAAAGGUGAUAUGAAUUCUGACGUCAAAGGCUCUCCUCGCUGAAAUGAGAAAUGUGGUGGUCAUCCGUUGGCAAUCUAGAGGCGGUGGUGGAAUUUCCACUUUCUUGUGGCAGGGGAUGUUUCGCCAUAUGACAACCGCCGUCAACUUUGCAAAAAUUGGGAUCGUAUCAACCGCAGAAGUACGACGGGCCGAGUUCGUCACUACGGCUGGGAUUUGAACUCCCAUCCUUCUCAUUCAAGAGUCGAGGGCUCUAAUCGCAGCGCAACCUGGCCGGAUGAAUUGCAAUAGUCGAGGUUUCACCAUGAAAAGCUUUCUAAUGAAGUUUUGUCAAUUGAUUUUUUUUUAGAUUUGCCUUGAGAGAAUAACCUGAUACAAAUGUUGUCCAACCAAGCACUUUUUAAAGUCCUCUUGUUAUUUUACAGAUGUUGAUCCUUGCAUUGUGAUGUAUUUUUUUUAAAUUAGAGAACCAUAUUGUAGGAUUUAACUCAAAAUAUUUAAUGCAAUUAAUAUACAUUAAUUUUGCAUGUUACUUAUAACGUUGUAAAUUUGUAAAAGUUAGUAUUAAAGUAACAAUUAUGUUAACCUUUAUAUUGUCAUUGUUUCUUGACCCAGGAUGGAAUUAUUAAAAGCCUGAAAGUGCCUUAGUUGAACAAAUAAUUUGGUUAUCCAUCCCUUUGUGAAUAUUACAAGAUCCACUUUUGUAAGAAAAACAAAGUGACAUUUGCUUUAAAUGGGUGGCGGCGGUGUUGUUUUGUUAAUACUUUAUGCUUGGGACCAAAUUGAAUUUACAUUUGAGUGCAAUACAAAUUUAAAGUGCAAACGUUUCUGCACGCUAAGAGCUGGAAAUAUCCGUUUUUUUUUGUUCGAAGAAAUGUGAAUAUUGUUAUUACAUACGCUGCAAUCAUAACAAGUACAGGAAUAAAAAGACUCAAUCCACGCUUCUCUUCUUGUCCGUAGAUCCUUACCAUUUGUUUUUUGCCCACGGUCGGCGAAAAUCCAAACUCCGAGCAAUUUUUUUAAGGAGUUGUUACAUCGAUAAAAACUGUUCCCCCACACGCGAUUCAAAUGCGUGAAAAAUGUGAAAUUUAAGAGUUUUUCAUUUAAGAGUUUUUCGUUUAAGCGGCCGAAAAGGAAAAAAAAAUGUACUGCUAUUCUCCACAACUUUCUGGGAGUUUAUUUUGUGGUGGAGGUGUUUUUUUUUUAAUGACGGUGUAUCGCAGAUGAGAUGAUCCGCAAAUAGCAUCCCCCCAAACAGACGCGGAUUACGGGAGUUGUACUGCAUAUCUGCCAAUAGCAAGGGGAGCUUUGUGAUUUCAUGUUUAAAAUUAACACCACACAAUCACCGUUAUCAAUCCUUUAAUACUGGCCUUAAACGUAUGAACAUCUAUGUUGCCAAGUCCAAUUGAUUUCCAGCUUUGAUGGGUUUGGUGUUUUUUUAUUACUUUUUAUGUUCUUUAUAUUUGUAAUAUUUAAAUGUAGACAUUUUUGUCUCGUACAAUUGUUCAAUAAAGCAUUUUUUUGAGACUGGAAA